AUGCGAGACAACAAAACUGCCGCAUGGAGUUACGGCCUCGCCUUUGUACAAUGGGGCGUUAAUACCACAUACCACGAAGCUAUAAAAAUGACUCCAUAUGAAUCAGUCUUUGGUCAAAAAGCACGAAUGGGACUGGCAACAAAAGUACCUCGUGAAGUCUUGGAAAAUAUAAUGACAGGAACGCUAGAAGAAGAUAUGUUGGACAUGCUUUUGGAUCCAUUGACUACAUCUACUCCCACCACUCCGGAAUAUCGAAACGAUGAGGACGUAGAAGUACAAGUACUCAAUACUGAAACAAUAGAUUUAGAGGGUACGCAGAAAAAAAUUGAAUUAUUAGAAGAUAAUACUGCGCAGAAACUUGAUAACUUAAUAAAGACCACACGAAACAUUUUGGAUAUUGAAAGUGACACCGACGAAGUAAGUCAUGGAUAUAAUGUAGGUAAGUAG